GGAUCGCGGUGGCCCUGUCUGGCCGCGAACGUCGCGAUGCUAAGGACGACUCGCGACCGUCUUCGUAAGCACGUUCGAUAGAACUUAUUAGGAGAACGGCCUCUGUCUCCCCUCCCACGCGUCGCGACGUCGAUUCUAGCGAGACGCUGUUACACACGCGUGUAUAUAUACCUGCGUUACGCCGAAAAAACCUGGCCAGUCGUGUGCGACGUCUAUCACCGUCUUCCACGCGGAUUACAUUCCGUGCUGUCAAUCGGUUCCGACCACGACCGGGUUCCAUUCUUUCUUCGGUGAUCCAACGCACGAAACGAUUUUGCAAAAUUCUUGGAAGAAUUGGAGGAACACCGGGACAAGUGGACAAAUUGGAAUCAUAAACUUGGAAGAUCUGAGAGAACUCUACAUUUUAAAAAUCCUUAUUCAAGAGAGGAAGAUCCUGGGAAGAAAUUGGCAUCGAUUCGAAAAUAAUUGAACGGUGAAAUUCGUCAGAAGGACGGAGGUAGUCGGAAUUGUAUAAUCUGGAGACUAUAAGAGGAAAUCCCAGUGGAAUUAAAACUAAAGAAAAUUCCGAGAAAAAUAGAAGCUUGUUGCAGUAUUAUCGUGGAAUUAAUACGAUCGCGUUAAUGAUCCGGCGUUUUAUCGUCGUUCAAUAAAUCAAUCUUAUGACAUUGGUUAGUCUCUGCGAUCCAUCGAUAAAUGUUAUCGUUCUUGCUGCUACGAAACAUCGUAGAAAGAUAAAUAAAAGCUCGGGGUUCGAUUUCGACUUCCGCAAUUAAAGGAGGAUCAGGAAGGAACUACUUGCGAGGAGUAACUCGAGGAUGUGAACAAGUUGAUCUUUGGAAAAGUAUCGCAUCGUUCGUUCAGAGUUUUGCCAAGCGACACCGACACGUUUCCCUUCUUUUUUCCUUUGUUUGGAAAUUCGGAAUUCAUCGUUCGAGGACACGCAUUCAUCAUGGGGAACGAUUCAAAGGAACAAGCCACAGGAAGUCCAAUGCAGGAGUUCAACAGCAGUACUAAAAUAGCUGCUGUUGUGAUUGGAGAUUACAAUGAAAAGGAUCAAUUGUACAAUCCCUUCGAACAUCGUAAUAAGAAGAAUGCUAAUUCAGAUCUGGGUGCGGUGGCGCAUUUAUUAAAAUCGUCCUUGGGCACAGGUAUCCUCGCGAUGCCAAACGCAAUAAAGAACGGUGGUAUUCUGUUCGGUGGAAUUGGAACGAUAAUAAUCGGUAUGAUAUGCGCCCAUUGUGUCCACAUACUGGUCCGUUCGUCCCACGUGCUUUGCAAACGAACGAAAACACCCCAGAUGACAUACGCUGAAACCGCGGAGGCUGCGUUUCUUUACGGUCCGAAACCUGUCCGACCUUUUUCGAACGUCAGUCGGAUAUUCGUGAAUGCAGCAUUGUGUGCCACCUACGUGGGCGGUUCGUGUGUUUACGUGGUGUUCAUAUCGACCUCGAUCAAACAGGUAGCCGAUUAUAACAGCGGUAUGGACAUACCAAUUCGCAUGUACAUAUUAACCUUGAUACCCGCGGUGAUACUGCUGGGACAGGUGCGAAAUCUGAAGUACCUGGUCCCAUUUUCCAUGAUCGCCAACAUUUGUAUGAUGGUGGGAUUCUCGAUAACCCUUUACUACAUCUUCAUCGGCAUCCAGAUUUCAUCGAACGUGAAAUUACUCGCUUCGGUCGAACAGCUGCCCACGUUUUUCGCGACUGUGCUAUUUGCCAUCGAGGGAAUCGGCGUGGUAAUGCCAGUUGAAAAUAGCAUGGCAAAUCCGCAACGUUUCCUCGGAUGCCCGGGUGUACUUAAUAUAACAAUGACAAUUGUUGUAUCCUUGUAUGCGAUAUUGGGUGUGUUUGGUUAUUUAACAUAUGGCGAAGAAGUGAGGGCAAGCAUCACCUUGAACAUCCCGAUAGAAGACCUGCUGGGUCAGGCAGUGAAACUUCUUAUUGCAUUGGCAGUGUUGUUCACUUAUGGAUUACAGUAUUACGUGCCGUUGGAAAUCAUGUGGAAGGGUUUGAAAGAUAAAUGUAGUCACAAAUACCAAGGCGUAUGUGAAACAGUAUUGAGGAUAGUUAUGGCUCUAUUAACAGUGGUGGUGGCUCUGAUAGUACCGGAACUGGAUCCAUUUAUAUCAUUGGUCGGUUCAAUAUUCUUCUCCAUCCUUGGCAUCAGUAUACCAGCGAUCGUUGAAACGAUUUCCUGUUGGGAAGGUCACUUGGGUGCCUUCAAAUGGAGGCUCUGGAAAAAUUUCAUCCUAGUAAUGUUCUCGUUAUUCGCGUUGAUAUUUGGUUCAUGGAUCUCCAUACUAGACAUUAUAAAAUUGUAUCGUUAAACAAAGUGAUCUAAGUCUGUCUUAGACUUUUAUUCGAAAUUUUCAAGACUUAAGUUUGAUGUAGUGAUAGAAUUAUCGAGAUUAGAGCUUUUCUAAGGUGCUGCUCGUUCUUUGUGCAGCAAUCGUGACAGAGUAAUUAUUAUUAUCGCGAGCAUUUAUUUUUUAAGAGUAUCCAUGUACAUCCUGUAUUUAUUUUUACAUCCCACUUAAGUAUUUUCGUUCGUACCAUUCCUCUAAGGAUUUAUUUUUUCUUUUUAUGAGGGAUCGAAGAAAGAGAAAUUUUAUUUAUUGUAAAUAGAAGAAGGAUUUUUUUUUUUUAAUGAUACGCGGAGAUACAUAUAUUUUGGUAAGAAUGAAACGAUAAAGAGAAGAAUUGUUUAUUGUUGUAAAUAUACUUAAGGUACUGUAGUUACAUUAUAGACUAAUAUUAAUCUUCUAAGGUACUAAAAUAUACAGUUAAUUAUUUUCUUGCAUAAAGAGAAGAGACAUGUUUGUAUAAAGUUGUAUAAAAUUACUGAAAAUUGUGAAAUGUACAAAAUUGAUUUAAUACUUCUGACAAAGUCUAAGGUAUUAGAAUGACUAUUGUUAAAUUAAAUCCUGAGGAUGUAGAAUUUAUCGAGUAACAUUGUUGAUAAGCAUAAGUUGUACAUAUUAUUUUUUUCUUAAUAAUUCUAGAAAGUAAUUACAAAAGACAAUCUAAAUAAUUAUACAUAAAAUUGAAAUUUAUUUUCUUAUUAAACUUCUCGAUUUAUCAAACAACUGUUAUGGUACCAGAAUUGAAUAAAUUUUUAUACUGGGAGAAAAAUUAAAAUUUACCAUCGUUUAUGAUCACGUCGUGUAUUAAAAUUGCGUAAACAUUUGCCUUGGUCUUGAUAUCUGCGAUGGUCGUCGUACAACAUUAUUUAAUUGUGAAUUCGACGAUAUAAAAAUGGUCUGGGCAUUUGUAGUUUUUGGAUGCACUUUGCGUUGAGUGACGCCACGGAGAAGUAUAGUUAUGGAAAUAAUGUAAAUUCCAACGACCAAAGGGAUAUACUGUAUGUAUUUUAGAAAAUUUAUUAGACGAAGUAUUUGAUAUGUAAACGCUAUUACAGAUAGAGUUGGCGUGUUUCCCUGUGAAAAUAUUUGUUAAUUGUUUCACCAUUGUUAUGUUUUCAAAAGUUCAAUUAUAUUAGAUCAUCCCAUAAGUAAUCAUCAUUCAUCUUGGAUAAAGUAAACAAAUACAUAAAAUAUUCCUUUUGAAUGUUUAAAUAAAAGCAAAGAAACAAAUCUUAAUGCUUGUACUAUUUUUUCAUUAUUUUAUUUGAAAAAAGUUUAACCAAAAAUCAAUAUGAAUAAUUAAAAAUAAAAAUCAAUGUUUGCACUCUUCUCGACUGAUCAAGAAAACGACAUUAUUUAUGGAAUGACAAUAUUUUAAUACGUGAUUUUAUACGAUGUACACCGUGAUAUAAUUAAAUAAUGUGUUUUUGAAAAACUGAAAUUAAAAAUAAAUAUAUAGAUUUAUGACAUGUU